UUCAAAAUGGAAGCACAGAGCGCCGGGGCAGAGGAGGGCUUUACCCAGGUCACCCGCAAGGGUGGCCGGCGGGCGAAGAAACGACAGGCUGAACAGCUGUCUGCAGCAGGAGAGGGUGGGGAUGCGGGCCUUCUGGACACAGAAGAGGCCAGGCUGGCGAAGAUGCCUGUCUUCCCACCCUCCUGUGGUGAUGGGCUCCUGAGUGGGAAAGAAGAAACAAGGAAAAUUCCAGUCCCAGCUAACAGAUGCACACCAUCAGAAGAAAACUGGAUGAAGAUCUUUACUUCUAUUGUGGAACAUUUGGGACUUCAGAUACUCUUUAACUUGAAAUCACGAAAUGUAGAAAUCAGGACUUGUAAAGAAACCAAGGAUGGUAGUGCUCUGGCCAAAGCAGCUGAUUUUGUGAAAGCCUUUAUUCUCGGCUCUCAGGUGGAGGGUGCACUUGCCCUGAUCAGGUUGGAUGACUUCUUCCUAGAGUGUUUUGAAAUCACAGAUGUUAAACCCUUAAAGGGAGACCAUCUAUCCAGGGCAAUAGGAAGAAUCGCUGGCAAAGGAAGAAAAACCAAAUUCACCACAGAGGAUGUGACAUGGACGCGGACAGUUUUGGCUGAUGUGAAAUUUCACAUCCUUGGCUCCUUCCAAAACAUCAAGAUUGCAGGAGCUGCCAUUUGUAACCUAAUCUUGGGAAAUCCUCCUUCCAAGGUUUAUGGCAAUAUUCGAGCUGUGGCUAGCAGAUCAGCAGAUCAACUCUGA